UUUGCAAUUGUUUCCCCCUCCCGGUGCUGUUAGUCAAUCGGUUUUAAACGAUUACCAAAAAGCAUUUGAACUCUCCACCGCCAAGAGCUUCUGAUAUUAAAAUAUUUUUCAGAAUUAUAUUAAUUAUUUUCAUCUUUUUUCACGAAUCUGAAUCUUUUAACUAGGGUUUUGGUUUAUUUGAUUGAGAGUUUGAUUCUUGAAUAAGAAAAAAGAGGAUGGGAAAGAAUGAGAAGACAGGGCUAGGCAGAGCCCUAGUGAAGCACCACAACCAAAUGAUUCAACAAUCCAAAGAGAAGGGCAAAUACUACAGGAACCUGAAUAAGAAGGUUCUGGAAUCGGUUACUGAUAUCAGCGACAUCGACGCCGUCAUUCAACACAACGAGGAGGCCCAGGCCUAUCCUGUUCCUAUUGAGCCUAUUAAUUUAGACACGGGGUCUAGUAGUGGUAGAAGCGAAAUGCUGACGAUGGAGGAGAGGAAGGAAGAGGAGGCUUCGCAUGCCAGCAGUUUACGAGUGCCACGUAGGCCGCCAUGGAAUGCAGGAAUGUCUGUAGAAGAGCUUGAUGAUAAUGAAAAACAAGCUUUUUUGGUUUGGCGGCGAAGUCUUGCAAGGCUGGAGGAAAAUGAGAAGCUUGUUCUUACUCCAUUUGAGAAAAACCUUGAUAUUUGGAGACAACUUUGGCGGGUGCUUGAACGUAGUGAUUUGAUUGUGAUGGUUGUUGAUGCACGAGACCCACUGUUUUACCGUUGCCCAGAUCUUGAGGCAUAUGCACGAGAGAUUGAUGCAUAUAAGAGGACACUGCUUUUGGUGAACAAGGCAGACCUUUUACCGUUUUCUGUAAGGGAAAAAUGGGCUAAGUAUUUUCGAGAUCAUGAAAUUCUUUUCGUGUUUUGGUCGGCUAAAGCUGCUUCUGCAGCUCUGGAGGGAAAAACAAUCAGUGGCCCAUGGAGGACUCAGGAUACCCACCAAAAGGUGGAUGACCCUGAUACAAAAAUAUAUGGUAGGGAAGAGCUUUUGGUCCGUUUACAGUCUGAAGCAGAAGAGAUUGUCAAAAUGAGAAGGAAAUCAAGGUGCAGUAGUACAGGAACAUCUAAUGCUCAAUCUCUCAGUGGAAAUCCAGCACCAAAGAACGUAGUUGUGGGAUUUGUUGGGUAUCCUAAUGUAGGGAAAAGCUCAACAAUCAAUGCUCUGGUUGGCCAGAAACGGACAGGUGUCACCUCUACACCAGGGAAAACAAAGCAUUUCCAAACAUUGAUAAUUUCUGAUGAGCUGACGCUAUGUGACUGCCCUGGAUUGGUGUUCCCUUCCUUCUCAAGCUCAAGAUAUGAUAUGAUUGCAUCGGGGGUGCUGCCAAUUGAUCGGAUGACUGAGCACAGAAAGGCUGUGCAGGUUGUGGCCAACAGAGUCCCAAGACAUGUGAUUGAGAAUGUGUACAAAAUAAAUUUGCCGAGGCCCAAGCCAUAUGAACCACAGUCUCGGCCUCCCCUGGCCAUAGAACUUUUGAGGACUUAUUGUGCCUCUCGUGGAUAUGUUGCUUCAAGUGGACUGCCCGAUGAAACAAGGGCAGCCCGCCAAAUUUUGAAAGAUUUUCUUCAUGGGAAGCUACCCCAUUAUCAAAUGCCCCCUGGAAUGUCUGGUGAGGAAAAUAAUAUGGAAGAUACUCAAGGACCCAGCUUGUCUGACAUUCAAGAGUCAGAUGAAUCUGAUAUUGAAGAUUCUCCAGGAAAUGACCAUGAUUUUGAAAGUACAGAUUUUGAAAGUGCACCUGUACUCGAAGACGUGCUGGAUCAUCUCAACUCAUUUGACUUGGCAAACGGGCUUGCUUCAAAGAAGGCAGCUGUUAAGAAGCCCAAUGCAUCCCAUAAACACCACAAGAAGCCACAGAGGAAAAAAGAUCGGUCAUGGAGGGUUGGAAAUGAUGAUGAUGAUGGAAUGCCAGUAGUAAGAGUUUUCCAGAAGCCAGCGAAUACAGGUCCUAUGAAGGCUGGAUGAAACUUAAAUUCAGUACCAAUGUCUUGUCUUGUUUGAGUGUGCUUCACCACUCACAAGGUGCGUUUUUAUGACUUCAAAUUGAGUACUUGGCUAUUUAUAUGCGCGCAUAUAUAUAUAGAGUAUUGUUUUUUCAGAAAUAUAUGCAAAAUAAGCAUUAAUGCAGUAGAAGUCCAGUGAUCUGUUUAGAAGAUGAUUCCAGGGGUGUGUGUGUUUUAGUUCUGGAUUAUAAACACAUAAAUUAGCCCAUUUUCUUGUUGUUUGUACCAAAAAUCUGCCUAUGAAUGCCAAAGUGAGCCCCUUUUUAAGUAAAA